UUUAUCAAUUAGCAUAUUUGGAAUAGUAUCAACAGCACAUUACUAAUUUAACAGGUGUAUUGUUACUGAUCGCCUUCAUUGUUUGUCUGGCGCUUCCUGUUCACACACAGAAUAAUGUAAGUUGUUUCUCAUUUAUUCAUACCGAUAACAAUAGUCCCAUGACGUUAGAGGAUAAUUGUUUUCAAAUCAGCAAUAGGAAAGUAAACACUAUGUACACAGGUAUACUUUUAUACAUGGGGAAGUCAUCAUGCACAUACAAAGACAUGCGAUUGAAAGAAAUCAAAAAGUAUAUUGUUCAAGACUCCCACCAGCGGUCAUUGUGCAUAACAAUGAUGACGAUGUCCAUCGAUACAACACAAUGCAAAGAAACCAUUGAUAAAUUACAGCAUAUCUGCAAGCAACCAAAAUCAAUUUAUUUUCAAGAUUGUUUUCCUGUCAACUGUCCAAGUACCAGUGAGAACAAAAUUAAUGAGACUGAAUCGAUAAUUAUGUCCGGAUUUCCCGAGCCAAAGAUGAGCAAUAUUGGACAAGAUGUUUACGAAAUUCCUACAUCGUAUUGCAACAUGAAACAAUGUAAAGUAGAGAACUGCUCUACGGAAGAAAUGAAGAAAGGGAUUCCGAAGAAUGGUACGGGUCAAUAAACAUCAGCAUAGAUA